UUACCCCGGCAGAGUUUGGUCGCUGGGCAGGGACUCCGCAGUCAGCGCCAUGGCUGCCAGUGCUCCUGCGCUCGCACGCUCCCUGCUUGCUGCCCUUCUGGCGCCCGCGCUGGUGGCACUACUGGUGUCGCCGGCCUCGGGUCGCGGAGGCCGGGACCACGGGGACUGGGACGUGGACAGGCGAUUGCCUCCGCUGCCACCUCGCGAAGACGGGCCGCGCGUGGCCCGCUUCGUGACUCACGUCUCAGACUGGGGCUCGCUGGCCACUAUCUCCACAAUAAAGGAGGUGCGCGGCUGGCCCUUCGCGGACAUCAUCUCAAUCAGUGACGGUCCUCCGGGAGAAGGCACGGGCGAGCCCUACAUGUACCUGAGCCCACUGCAGCAAGCUGUGAACGACCUGCAGGAAAAUCCAGAGGCUACGCUGACUAUGUCUUUAGCACAGACUGUCUACUGUAGGAACCAUGGAUUUGAUCCCCAGAGUCCCCUGUGUGUUCAUAUAAUGAUGUCGGGAACUGUGACCAAGGUGAACAAGACAGAAGAGGACUAUGCAAGGGAUUCACUGUUUGUUCGACACCCUGAGAUGAAGCUCUGGCCUUCCAGCCAUAACUGGUUCUUUGCUAAAUUAAAAAUAAGCCAUAUCUGGGUCUUGGACUACUUUGGUGGACCUAAAGUAGUGACACCUGAAGAAUAUUUUAACGUCACGCUGCAGUGAAGCAGGAUAUGGUGGACUGAGUCACACCAGAGAAGUGUCUUCGGAGGCUCAUGCACACUUGAAGGGCUGGCCCUGCUUGGGACAUCUCCAGCUGUCAGCUCACUCUGCCACCUCUUGUUUUAAUCUUGUUUGCUUGUGUUAACAGAGAGUUGUCUGUCAGAAGAUGUGGUUGCUGGAUUUUUAAAAAAGAAAAAUAUGUAUUUUGAAGCCAUUUUCAGAGAAAAAAUGCCAUUCAUUAUAACCAAGGAAGUUUUUUUUUCAGCCAUUCCCGGUGGCUUUUCCUCAGUGGUGCCCACAGAAGGGCAACAUAGACCAGCUGUAGAUCGCCCAUUGGCUCUGGGGGAACAGAGGUGUAGGUGCUUUGUGCCUGAGGGGUGCUGUCCUCACACAGCUGCCUCAGGAGCCUGUCAGAGGGGCCUAGAGUCGGGAGGCCUGGGCAGAGCGUGGGUCCCCGAUACAGAGUGCUCGAAUGAAUCCUUCAGUCAAGGACAGCAAUGGCCACACACAGAGCUUCCCACUCACAUCCGGCCAUACAGCUGAUCCAUCACAAGGCAAAACUGGGUCCUCUAUAAAACUCCAUAAACAUCAUACAUCCUAAAGUCAUAGUUACCCAGGACAAAAUAAGUCAAAAAGAGUUUCCCGUAUUCAUUUUCCACCCAAGUAGACUGUAUAUUUAUUUCUCAUCCUUCAAAACACACACGCACACACCACACACACCACACACACCACACAUACCACACACACCACACACACACACCACACACACACACCACACACACACACAGGAGCUGGGGUGCAGCUUUCUUGGUAGAGCAAUUCUCUAGUAUGAGACCAUAGCUCUCUUCCCCAGCAUUGAAACAAAAACAACCAGAAAUAACAUUUUUAUUUGCAUGAAAAAGGAAUCACAGGAAUUUUACAUAUGUUGGGUUCCUUUUUUUGACCCAACACCAACCAUAAUCCCAGCACUUCUCGGGCUCUCUGUAUCUCCAGGCUCCUGGCCCUGCAGCCCCGAGUCCUCUGUGGGAGAUACCACGGUACCAUGGCAUAGAAACAAACUACAACAACAACAGAACAUGCUUCUGGCCUAGAGGGUUGGCUCAGCACUUAAGAAGAUUGCUCUAGCAGGGACCCAAGUUCAGGACCCGGCGCUGGAGUCAGACAGGGCACAACGCCCAUCACUCCAGUUCCAGGAAAUCAAAUACCUCUAGUCUCCAAGGUCACCUGCACUCAAGUGCAUGUACCCACACAGACACACACCGACACAUAAUUGUAAACAAUACAUCUUCUGGAGAGGUACUACUUAGUUUUAUUGCCUGUAUUCAUGCUCUUGGAUGACGUAAGAGUCCUUUUAAAAGAGUGUGCGUAUCAGACUUCUUAAACAGCAAAAGAGUUGAACAUGAGCCAUCAUGUUGGAGAAAGAGAUAGAAAUCCAGCAAGUGACUUCUUAGUAAAAACCCACUAAGCAGCAAGAAUCCUGUUUUUCAAAUCCAUAAUUAAAAGCAUAAUUCUAA